GCGAGACGAAAACAAGGAUUAUCUCGACACAGCUGAGAAAGCUUCGAAACAUUUCCUGAGAACGCUUUGCGCAGUUCGUCGGAGAUAAAUUGAGCAUGAGAUCAUCGGGGCAUCAUGACAGUUGCAAUAUUUUAAAAACAUAAAGGAAACCAAAGGGAGAUCGCGUUCGUCGUCUCCAAUUAGUUGAUCCAAUCGUCUUGAUAAGUGUCUUGCAACAUCUUGCAAGAUGGCAGAAGCAUCAGAUCAGGAGGUUUCAAGCACAAACAACAACAUAGAAGGAAAUGGACUGUGCAGUGGCUCAGGGAGCAAGAACGAUUUUGUUGAGUUUGACGACAAAUCCAACCUCCCAACAUCAACCACAAGCGAUGAUUUGUCAGAGUCCAGCAUGACAUCGAGGGACAACUUCACGCUAGGAACUCUGAAGAAAGAUGACAGUGGAAUUGACAUGGAGAAGUCACCAACUACAAGUGCGAAAGAGAUGUCAGAUGCAGAGUGCAGUGAAUCUCUGAAUGACAGUGCGGCUUGUUCACAAAGUGAAUCGGUUAGUGAUGUCAAAUGGGAAGAUGUGAAAGCUAAAUCUGAUGAAACUUCAGAUGUUGGCAUUGAUUCAUCCGAAAGCACAGGUAUGCGUGAUUGUAAUGACACCGAUGAUAGUGAAAAUGUUGCUACUUCCAAUAUGACUGAGUCACCCAUUGCUAGUCCAAGUCAUGAUGUCAGUGAUACAAAUAUUGUUGCAGAUGACUCUGAAACUAACACCGGAUCCCCCGGAACACGGAAACGAAGGCAUGAACGUAGCAAUUCAUCAUCAAGUGACUCUGAAGACAGUGAUAAUGAAACUGCCGACACCAGCAAGAAGAAAGAAUCUGAGUCUGAAAGUGAGGAUGAAAUGGACAUUGAUGAUGAUGGUAUCAGACCGCGUCAUAAAUGGCGAGCUGUGUCAGACUUGCGUGAUCGGGAAAAUGGCUACACCAAUAGAUCACCUCCAUCCUUAUUUCGUGAGAAGAUUCAUGCUAGUCUUCAAAUGGUACAAAGACUAAAGUUACAGUAUAGGAUGGAAUAUCACGAGGGAUGUGUCAAUGCUUUACACUUCAACAGAAUCGGCACACUGCUGGCAAGUGGGUCUGAUGAUCUCAACAUAGUGCUGUGGAACUGGCUCAGGAAUCGACCGGCCCUUGUAUAUGACAGCGGCCAUCGGAGCAAUGUCUUUCAGGCAAAGUUCAUGCCAUAUAGUGGUGACUGUCACGUUGUGAGCUGUGCACGAGAUGGGCAAGUGAGGCUGGCAGAGUUAUCUCUGACUGGUGUGUGCAAGGGCACCAAGAAGCUGGCCCAACACAAGGGGGCAGCACACAAGCUGGCCCUGGAGUUUGAUUCACCUCACUUGUUUCUCAGCUGUGGGGAGGAUGCAAUGACAUACGAGAUGGAUCUGAGACAGGACAAGCCGAACAAACUGAUAACAACCAAAGAAAAUGAUCGGAAGGUAGCUCUGUACUCCAUCCACUCCAACCCACGCAACUCUUUCGAGUUCUGUGUCGGAGGUCGGGAUCACUUCGUCAGAAUCUAUGACAAGAGAAGGAUUGCUGAGGAUGUCAAUGGCGGGGUGCUGAAGAAGUUCUGCCCUCAUCAUCUGUUGGAGAGUGAUGUAAAGGCCAACGUGACCUGUGCCUGCUACAACUACAACGGAACAGAGGUGCUGGGGACGUAUAACGAUGAGGACAUCUACCUGUUCAACAACCACCACUCCGACGGUGCAGAGUUCAUGCAGAGGUACCGCAGUCAUCGUAAUAACGCUACAGUGAAGGGAGUGAACUUCUAUGGGCCUAAGAGUGAGUACAUCGUCAGUGGCAGUGACUGUGGCCAUGUGUUCCUCUGGGACAAGGAGACAGCGAAGAUCGUCAACUUCAUGGAAGGCGAUGAAGGGGGCGUGAUCAAUGUGUUGGAGCCCCACCCCUUUGCUCCUAUCCUGGCUACCAGCGGGUUAGACCAUGAUGUCAAGGUCUGGGCACCCACAGCAGAGGAACCCACCAGACUGAAGGGACUGAGGAAGGCAGUGAAGCGGAACUGUAAAGAGAGAGAUGAGGAGAGAACGCAAGAACCAGAGAUGAUUGAUGGACAGAUGCUAUGGUUUAUCAUGCACCACUUCCGGCGCUCAGCCAGGAGAAGGUUGCGUCAAGAGGGGGAAGAGGUGUCUAGUUCCAGCGAAAACAGUGACUCUGAUUCAGAUGAGGAGGAGGCUGAGGACACUGAAAGACUUCAAUGUACCCCGUCCUAGUCAUGUGACGGUCAUGUGACACUUUUGUCAAAUGCAUAAGAUAUUCUAGCCACAUGUCACAUGACAUGGAUCAUGUGACUGUCACAUGGUAUCAGAUGGUCAUGACUUGAGAUCCUCGGUAUGUUGCACCUACUUGUUGCAUGUGUGACCGCUGCCAGUUUACAUUACACACAAGACAUUGUUGGGAUGAUCAUGAAACCGGGAAGCAUAUAAUGUUAGCAGAGCAUCACCAAUUUAUGCUGUGGAAUUACAGCUUUGAAGAAACUGUCUGGCUUAAGGCAGGAGGAAGACUUGAACACAACAACUAUUUCUGAAGAACCUGCAAUGAAACUGUUUGGAGAAAGUUACCCGCAAAAUAAAAACAUUGUACACAGGAAGUUGCAUCGCAACAAGGACUGAGCGAUCCUUUUCUGUGAAUAUUUGGAAAACAUUUGACAGUUGAGAUUGGUAAGUGUACAUGUAAAUGGCGUGAAUAUCACAAACCUGCUAGCUUUUUGUUAUACAGAGGAGAUGGUGUAACAAGAAAAUAAGCAUUUCUUGAUGUUGGUUGAUAUUUACGUGUGUACUUCACUGACGGGAAGAAGAAUCACUUUCACUUUAAGAAAGACUCCUUGGUUGCUAUUUCAUGUACUCUGGAUUUGCCCAGUGGAAAUUGAUAAUAAUGCAGUAAACUAUGUUUAAAAAUGACAUUGGAAACAAAGAUUGGUUUUCUUUUUUUGACUGUUAUUUUUCUGCCCUCCAUCUGAAAUGUUACUAAAUCUCAAUCUUUAAUGUGCCAUAAAUGCAUUUGAAUAUUAUAUUCAGUCAGAAUAUGAAGGUGCGUGAAUUCAGAAAUUGUGUCCUUUGCUCAUGUAAAAGACACAAUAUGUGGUGCCAAGUGUCAAUUUGACAGGGAGAGUAUAAAGGAUGAUAGAUAGCUUACAGCAUGUGUCAAAUCAUUUAUGUGUCCAAAUUAUAUAGUUACUCCACAGAAUAUACAAACCAAGAGCAGGACAUAAUGAUGCAGGGAAGAUAAGACAUUGUUGACAGACUUCCACUUCCCAGCAGUUCAUGCUAUAGCAACCAGGAAAUACAUUUAUUUUUCUUCUAUGUUUAUGCAGUGCUGUAUGAAGUUUGAAAAGAUAAAUUUAAUAGAAAUAGAUUAUUUUUCAAAUAUUAAAUUGAAAAUCAUCCAUAGAGCAUUUACAUAUCGUGAUCACAGUUUGGAUGUAUUAUGGCAGUUGAUAGUUUGACAGCAACUGUAAAUCAUAGCUUUAAUUAAACAUAGACGGUAAACUGCUUCUACUACCUGUAAACUCUGUACAUACUGUAUGCUUGUAUGCUAAUAUUGUGAUGUGUUCAGUUUUAUAAUGUUAGGUCCUGUGUUCCUUUAUAAUAAUGAAUAUUUCACCAUAUCAGCUGGAUCUAACAUUUCUGGUUUGGUUUCUGCAUUUGGAUAUUCCUAAGCUGGAUUGAGUAAUGGCAGUUACAGACAAGCUAGGUGUGAUUUUGUUAUUUUGCAUGCCGAGUUGAUGCCAUGUCGAUAAUGUUUGUUUAUGGCAAGGCUUCAUGUUCACUGUUUAAAUCGUUUGAGUGAUGUGACAAACGUUUUGCCCUGAAACUGUUCACUGUAUUGAAAAGUGACAUAAGUGUCUCAUGUAUUUUACACAUAAGAGGAAGCUAUGGGGACAGGCUUGGUCAGACUUGCUGGCACAGUUGAUUCAUGUCAUUGUAAACCAGUUACAUAGAUUGUAUCUACUGAUGUCUACUGAUUGUCAGGCCAAGAUUUAGUUACCUGUUGUCAUGUACCUUGGACAUUGCUGAAGGAGGCACAACACAAACCUACAUAACAAACCAUGUUCUUGCAAGACAUGAGGUACAUGGAGUUGAUAAUGACAACCUUGGAGGUGACUGACAUGGAGUAUAGGGGGUCAUUAUAGAUGCAGAGUAUCGUUUGAUGGAAGGACAGACCUACUCUCACUUAUGUUCACUGAUUACAAGAUCUGCUGUCCAUACCGACAUGUAGACUAUUGUGAGGAAUAGUAGAGCAUGGGAGUUGUAUCAUAAAGAUAACAUUGUGAAACAGGACCCUGGAUUUCUGUUCUCAACAACUAAUCUCCCACUGUCACCAGAACACUCCCUCAUGGCCUGUCCCCUACCCAAGCCCUAUACCACAAGAGCAGUGGAGUACAUUAUGCUCCCUCACAUCAUAUUGCAUAUGUGAUAAAGGCUGUUUUAAAUCCAUCUCAGACAAACAAAGCUAUCUUAUAGUUGUUGCACAUCGUGGAAUGCAGAUGCUGUCGACAGAAAUGAUAAACAAACAUUAUG